GUGUGAAGUCGGCAGCUGCCUGUGCUUGAGAUCUCAGCAGUCUGGCGUUGUGGAUGGUUUGUCUACCUCUAAUCCAAGCCAAAAGAGAUUCUGUUGACUCAGAGCCUGUGAAUGAGAGCCUAAAGCAAGCCGAGUAAAGGUGCAGACAGAGUUGAUUAAAAUGGGGGCUGUGAUCCCGAUGCUCCUUUCUGGAAUAUGGCAGCUAUUUCAGUGGCCAUGCCGGAUGUGAAAGCCCCACAAUGUGAAUACUCCCCAGCAGGCUCUCCUGCAAGCUGCAGCAUGGACUUGUCUAUGGACCUGUCCGUCCUCAGCUCCCCGCUGUCUGCUUUCUCUCACCACGGCGUGCCCCCCUUCCCUGCCCAGGAUGUAGCACCGGGCCACUACAAAAACAACAAUGGCCUGCUCAGCAACCUGGGGGCCUACUGCUCCACCAGUAGUAUGCAUCCUCUUAAACAGCCUGACGGCCAGUCUGGCUAUGGUACGAUGCGCUUUCCACAGGGCUGCAUGAACACCGGUGGCACCCGGCUUUACCGCAGCCUGGAAAACCUGCACUGGGCCGCUGUGUCCGAUCCCAAUGCGUAUCCUUACAGGAGCGUGGACAGUGAGUUUAUUCUUCACUGCACUUCAAGCAGCCACUGGUACGAUGGGCCUUCUCAGGGACCUCAAGUUUACGGCUUAAUGCCUUCCCAUGAGAGCAUGGCAGUCUACGGCCGCCGAGGAUUGGUGAGGAAGGAUAUACCACUCUUUCCACAAUGGCUUUUACCAGCGGUUGAGGACUGGGGUAUAAACGGAAAUGCUCGAAAGGGUCUUCGAGACAAGCUGCGGCUCCAGAGCACACGUGUGACGGAGCCCCACAAGCCCUUGCGUCCUCAACCUGUGCUUGGUAAUGCACCUUCUCCGCUUUAUCCGUGCGAUCAGGAAGUAACGGUUCGGACUGGGCUGACAUCAUUGCAAAGGAAUGGACAGCAAGAGUUGAGUGCCCGUCGCAUCACCAGUCCUGAGGAGAUCAAACAGGAAGCGCUGCGACGACUGCAGCUCCGAAGGCAACGAAGCACCCCUAACCUGGCACUGAACUCCAGACAUGAGUCUAGUACCAUAAGUAAAUCUCAUACCACAGAGCCCAUCUGCACUAACUCUGCCCAGUCAACCCCUGAGAGGAAAAGACCCCCCAUGGGCCGCCUGCACAUACCUACGUUUGAGGAGUUUAAGAGAAUGAGACAAAGGGAGGGCAUUACGAACCACAGGUUCUCAGAAAUGGAGAGUAACGACAAGCAUAGAGAGGAAAGAAUACAGACAGAGGAAACGCAGAGUGCAGAAAGGACUGACAUUGACAUCAAAACCGCUCAGGAUUCGAACCACAGCGGAGCGGAGGUGUCUGAGCCCAGUUCCACUGCAGAGGUCCCAGGAGGACCCAUCUGCACAAGCCCAGUGGCUCGCUCUCCAUUACAUCAUCAAGCUGCUACAGGAAGAGACGAGGAGACAAAGGGUCCAGCAGGCCCUGGGGCCACAGAUGUAGCUGUUCUCUCCUUCCCACCCCACAGGGAGAGUGGCAAUGGCCCAUCCAGCUGCUGCCCCGCAAUCCUUCUGGACGGAACAGACCUUUCCAGCUAUGGAGCCAAAAUCUAUAAAAUGAGGGAUGGUUUCCUGGGAUCUGCCCUGGACCUUAUUAAAAAAAGCUGCAGUGCAGAGAUUGCAGCCGAGUCUCCCGUCCGAUUGUCGCGUGAGCACAAUGACGUCACUGACAUCACCGCUCCCCAGCCCAGCCAUCAAUCUGCCCACGUUGCCAUGACAACGUCGGCCUGCAGAGAGGAGGCUUGCACUGAGCCCGCGGGACAGUGGGGGAAAGCGGCAACAGAAUGCCAGGUUUCUGGGGCGGGCUGUAGACGCUCCAGCUCAGACGCGGCCUAUGAGCUGGCUGAGUCAGUGAGGGCCCAGCGUGAGUGCCGCCUGCGGCCCCACUAUAGCGACCCCAUGCCUGCAGACGCCACCAAGCGUAAGCAGCUGGAGAUGAAGAUCGCCGCCGCCGCAUGUUUACACAUUCACCGCAGAGACAGGGACAGUGUGCCAGGCACAGCCAGGGGCCGCUCAGAGCCCAGAGGUGAGGAGAGGAGCAGGGGCCUGGGUGUGAGCCGCUCAGCACAGCACCGCUGGAGUACCGUCAGCAGCCUGAGCGCAGACAGCGGUGUCGUAGGCUUGAGCGAUGAGCGUGAAGAUGAGGAAGAGCCCCGUCGUGCCCGCCACAGUGCUGGAGCAGAGGUAGAACGUGUGGACAGCGGCAUCGGCCCUGGAUUGGCUCGGGGCUGGAGGAGACCCUUGCCGUCCCUCAGGAACUGGGACAUUCAGCAGCCCUGUCCCGACUGUGGACACAAAGAGGGCGCCCGUGAGCAAGGCAUGUGUGAACGCUGCUCCAAGCUACGCACAGAGCGCAAAGAGGCCAUCCUAGAGUUUCUCAACACUGAGUCGAGUUAUGGCGAGGACCUGCGUAUCAUCAAGGAAGAGUUUUACUGCCCCAUGCAGAGUGCAGGGCUGCUCACAGCAGAGCAGCUGGCCGUGGUCUUCAGCAAUGUUCAAGAGCUCAUUGAUGUCAAUGACCGGUUCACAGAGCACCUGCAGGACAGCAUUGAUCAGGGUUUUGAUCAGGGCGAUGAGGACCUGCAGACUGUGUGCAUUGGAGAAAUCUUCUUGGAGUUUGUCAACAUGCUUCCAGCGUUUCAGACCUACUGCCUGCAGCAGUCCACAUCUGUGAACAUGCUCAACACACUGGAGAAAGAAAAAGAGCUUCUUAGGAUAUUCCUCGAUGUGUCCCAGAAUGACAACACGGCACUCAGGCGCAUGAACCUGCGCUCCUUCCUCAUGGCCCCCCUGCAGCGUGUGACCAAGUACCCAUUACUGCUAAGUCGCAUCAGCAAGGCCACCAACGAGUGUCACCCGGACUACUCCCGCUUAAAAGAAGCCAAGAGCCGCGUGGAGUCCCAUCUAGAGCACAUCAACAUGAAGACCAAACAGGAAGGGACCGCCACAUGGUCCUUGCGUUCUUUCCGGCGCGACAGCCGCAAGAACCGAGAAGUCAUCAACAUUGAGAUGAGAGAGCUGUCGAUGAAGACGGUGGCCUGGAUGCGAGAGAGCACACGGUUUAUCAUGGAGGGGCCGCUCCAGUUGGCACAGCCCGCCGAUGGCCAGUGGCAUAAGAAGGGAAGCAAAUCCCUCAAAUUCCAGAACGUUCAGAGUUUACUUAUGGUACGCACUCUGCGCAACACAGAAACGGUGACUGAAGGGAGUCUGGAGACCUCGGAGACGGUGCAGGACAGUGUACUGGUGCUCAUCAAGGACAAGAGCAGCGGGAAGUUCACUGUGUUACGGGAGCCAAUCCAUUUGGCAAACUGCGUGGUGUCCGCCGACCCCGACUGUGAAGACACCUUUGAGGUGCUGGACAUUCGACGUGAGGCCUUCGUUUUCCGUGCCUCCGACAAACCUCGCACUCAGCAGUGGUUUCGCCAGAUCAAGAGAUACGCUUGUGAUUUGGGAUCCUGGAGAAAGAGACGCAAUGCUCUCCCUAAUAUCAUGAUUAACACAACCCAGAGCCGGUCCUGAGACUGAGUCCUUAGCGGCACAUCCCUCAUCCCUUCCCAGCAUAACUCUGAUGUAAAUAUUAAUAAUUUUAAAAAAUCAAUAUUUUGUUGAGCAAACAGUAUUUGUGUGGGAGAACCAUCCACCAAUGGACUUUUAAAUUGGUAGGUUUUACUGUGAUUUGACUGAAUAUUAAUAUAGACUGCAAGAGGGCACUUUGUAUGGGUGGAAAGCAAGUUAAUGACGUUUGGGAAGAGAAAAAAUCCACUGUCAAGCAAAAAGUAAAUGCCCUUUGGCAUACCAAAAUGAGGGCCUUGUUUGGCGCCUCACUGCUGCACUUGUAAAACACUGAUUGUACAACCAGUUUGCCUCUGAGAAAUGUUCUCAGUUGUGAAAUGGUUUUUGUGAUAAGCAUGAGGGAACAUGUUUGUGAUUGGAUGGACUUUAUAUGGACUUUUUAGUAUGCACAACAGAGUGGAAACCUGUGUUUUGUGUGAAGACUGAGGUAAAGCUGUUUUGUUUUCGGAUCAUUGUAAUUCCCUUUCUUUCUCUCUCCCUUCCGUUAGCAUCUAUUCCCACUGCCAUUCGGGAGUUCUCAUUUUUGUAUCAUUGUACUGGUUUUCAAAACAGCAAUAAUCUUCAUUGUAUUGUGUAGCAGUCAAGCUGUUUUUAUUCACAGGUACCCAUAUUCUUGUGAUCAGUGAUGUAACAAACAUUUUUUGGUAUGUUUUCUGCACAAUCUAAUGAGGGUGUAGCAUCAGUCUAAGCAUCAAGUAUUGUCAUUGCCACAUUAAUGGUUGUGCUGAAAACAUCUGUAGCCAUGAACAAGAUCUUCAAUUAGAAAAUGUUGAUUAGAUGCCCCGCCCCCAACCCCCAAUUUUGCUUUCCUUUGAUCUCUGAGGGGGAGAAAAUAUGUGCCUUUGUUUAUUUGAUACCGAAUGAUACCUUAGUACUAUUUUGUUCAAGUUUUUCCUCUACUUUUACCCACAAAUCAGGCCUUAUGUCAAAUUGAGAAAAAGAUCUAUAAUUUUUCUGUAGCUGCUAUUAUAUUCUGAUUUCCCCACUGAUAUACAGACUGUGCUUUAUGAUAACUUGUUAAAUGUUAACUGUUUUUGUUUGAUGCACUUUAAUAUGAAGGUCCUAAACUGGAGCAAGGACAUUGUUCUGCAGUUUACAAAGCUUUACUGUACUUUGUUUUAAAGAUUGCUUUAACUUUAAGAGAAAAUGAACCACAGUUGACAUCAGCAAUAGCAAUCAAUCAGUCUUUCUGGUCUCUCUAUGUUUAAAGUCAAUUGUCACAGAAUGGACAGAAAUUGAUUUAGGCAUUUAGGUUUCAACAUUGAUAUUUACUGGGUUUUUUCCAAUGGCAUUGAUACUGUUAGAAAUAUCAUACCGUAGCUUCCACAUUACACAACAAAAAGAUGAGUUGAACCUGCCAGGACUGAAAACUGAGACCAAUCAAGCUGUUAAAUACUUUUUUCCAUUCUUAAUAAUCCUAAUUUAAAUUAUUUUUUGUGUGUAAAAUAUUGUGAAUUGCAAUUAAAAACGACAAGUAU